AAACACGGUCCGGCCCACUUAACUCAUACUCCAGGGCACUACCUCUUUCCUCUCCUCUAUAGUCUAUAUAUCCAAACUCUCUUUCUGGUUGGUAUGCGCUUUGCACUUGAAGAAGUCCUACCGAAGAUGACCAACGUACCACGGUCUCUCAGUUACUCUUCCCUAACCCUAUUCAAGCAAGCCAUCGCUGCCUCAGAUCCAUGGCCCUUCUCCUGUGUUUUCCUCUAAGAUUCCUCCAUCUCAUCUAGCCAGUGCAAUACGGUUUGUCCGUGUGAUCUUCCUCCUCGCCUUCUUUUCCUCCUUUCUUUUUUCUGAGUUGUUGGUUUUUUUGAGAUAUGGGUACAAAUUUCCAUCUACACCUCCCUCAUCUUCAUCAUCACAACAACCACAAGAACAAGCAGGUGAAUGGCCGAGACGUUCCAAAGGGGUGUCUGGCAAUCAAGGUGGGCCAGGGAGAAGAGCAGCAGAGGUUCGUGGUGCCUGUGAUUUACUUCAAUCACCCACUCUUCAUUCAGCUCUUGAAGGAAGCCGAGGAGGAGUACGGGUUUGAUCAGAAGGGCACCAUCAGCAUCCCUUGCCAUGUGGAGGAGUUCCGGUAUGUUCAGGGCAUGAUUGAUAGGGAGCGGUCAGUCCACAGCCACCACCAUCAUCACCACGUAGGAGGGUGCUUUAGGGUUUGAUGAUCAUCGAGAAUCGGUGCAAUCAAAGAUAGUAUCUUGUGCUAGAUUAGGCUUGAGACCCAAUUCCAGUAGUGUAAAUUGGAGUCUUUUUUUGUUUUGGUUGUUAGUUGGAAGAUGAUGGCAAGGGUGAGGUAGUGAUGAUGAAUGAUGAUGAUGAUGAAAAGUUUUUUAAAGUGUGAAUGUGGCUUGUAAUUGUAGUCAUUUUGUUAUUUGUUAGGAAUCAUAAUGAAAAAGAGAGUUUUACUCACUCAA